AUGCGAUUGUUCAGAAGAUUCCAGAAUAAUCUCCGGAAACUUAGACGUAAUCGUUCGAACACAACCUUGUUAGAUUCCGAAACUCAUUCCAAUUUUUCAUCUGUACUCACAACUCCCAAACGAGCACUUUCGUUACGUAGUAUUAAAGAGUCAUUUCGAGAUAAGCAAAGAUCAUUACUGUCUGUACUUAACAGAAAGACAUCGGAGAAGGACGCUUAUCUAGCGAGUUCAGAAAUGAUAGAUGGAAAGGUUUUACAAGAGCGCAAUACAAAUAAGGACAACGUUAUGUCAUGCGGCGAGGAUGAGGUGCUAAUAAAAUUGCGAAAAGAUAGAGAUGGGCUUGGUUUCAAUAUUGUUGGUGGCAUUGACAGUGAGCACAUACCAGGUGAUCCAGGUAUAUUCAUAUCGAGAAUCCGAGUUGGUAGCGCAGCUUCACGUGAUAGAAGACUGAGUGUUGGAGAUCGCAUUAUUUCAGUUAAUGGUUUGCUGUUAAAUGGGAUGACACGUGAUGAAGCUACACAAGUUUUGCGUAGUACGACAGGAACUGCAGUGCUCUUAAUUGAGAAGAAUGCCGAAUUCCGAGCGUUAAACAAACCAACUUAUCUUUCUGGCUAUUCAAGUUCAGACGAGAGUGCUUCCAAUCUAUCUAGUGACGAACAUAAACAUUCGUCAAGCAAAAGUACUUCAGCUAUAUCGGAAGGUUCCAUGAAUACCUACGGGUUGCAAAUUAUGUCUCAUGUGGAGGAUACGAAAAAUGACCACUCCUUUUUAGAAGGUGAUGGAUCUCCUAAUGUAUUGGAUGCUGAUAGCAGUAUGACUGCUGAUUCUGCAAAAAGUAAAGAGAAAAUUAAUAUUGGACGAAUUGAAAAGACCGUAACAGCCACAUCAGUCGUGAUAGCGUCACGAAAUUGCUCAUCGAUUAAUAAAAUAGCGAAAGUAGCAUGUGAUGAAGGAAGUGUUGAGAAUGAAACACGUGAUUUUGACUUCAAAGAAGAUAGGCAUGCAUCAGCGUCAUCCUAUGAUGUAAACUUUGCUGUAGAUGAUGAACCAAUGACGCCGAAACGAACCUGUAGAUUUUUCGACUCAUCCAACUCGUCAAUAUUUAGUGAAGUGAUAGCCGUGUCAGCUGGCAUUGCCGCGCUAGGAGUUGGAAUUUAUCUGGGAUAUCAUUUUCUUAAGCAUCGAUCUCUUAUCUAA